ACUCGGAGCGCGCAGCCUCUCGAUGACGGCAUGCGAGAGGGAGGCGGCUUGUGGGCGUGAAGCAAAUAGUAAAGAGGCGCGUCAGGCGGAGGGGGGCCAGUGCGCGGGAGAGAGCCGAGCCGGGCGCCGUUUUCUUUUUCCUCGGCCCCCGAGAUUCCGCCGCAAGACCAAGAUGCGCCAGAAAGGAGGAAGCCGGCCCCAGUCCCGGUGCGAAGCGGCCAGCCGGUCCGGGCUGCGCGAUCCCCGUCCGAAGCCCAUCUUCCCCGGAGCGCUUAGGAGGAGGACGGCGUGAGUCGGGGGGGGCGUAGGGGGAAGAAGAUGUCUCUUCCACUGCUGAAGAUCGGCGUGGUGCUGAGCACCAUGGCCAUGAUCACCAACUGGAUGUCGCAGACUCUGCCCUCGUUGGUGGGGCUCAACAGCACCAAGCUGACGCUGGCGCAGGGCGGCUACCCGGACCGCAGCACCGGAGUGCUGCCGGCCAACCCGGAGGAGUCGUGGCAGGUGUACAGCUCGGGCCAGGACGGCGAGGGGAGGUGCGUGUGCACCGUGGUGGCGCCCCAGCAAUCCAUGUGCUCCAGGGACGCCCGCACCAAGCAACUGAGGCAGCUGCUGGAGAAGGUCCAGAACAUGAGCCAGUCCAUCCAAGUGCUGGACCAGAGAACCCAGAGGGAGCUCCAAUACGUGGAGAAGAUGGAGGUGCAGCUGCGCGGCCUGCAGAGCAAGUUCCAGCUGGUGGAGGAGAACCACAUGCAGAACGUCGCCAAGCAAUACAAGGCCAUAAAGGCGAAAAUGGAGGAGCUUAGGCCGUUGAUACCCGUGUUGGUGGAGUACAAGGCCGAUGCCAAAUUGGUAUUGCGGUUUAAGGAGGAGGUCCAGAAUCUGACGUCCGUGCUAAGCGGGCUGCAGGACCAGAUGGGGGCCUAUGACUACGAGGAGCUCCACGGCCGAGUGGCAAAUCUCGAGGAGAGGCUGCGAGCGUGCAUGCAAAAAUUGGCAUGCGGCAAGCUGACGGGCAUCGGCGAGCCCGUCACCGUCAAGACGUCGGGGUCCAGGUUCGGCUCGUGGAUGACGGAUCCCCUGGCGCCCGAAGGAGACACGCGGGUGUGGUACAUGGACGGUUAUCACAACAACCGCUUCGUGCGGGAGUACAAGUCCAUGCGGGACUUCAUGAGCACGGACAACUUCACCUCGCAUCGACUCCCCCACCCGUGGUCGGGGACGGGCCAGGUGGUCUACAACGGCUCCAUCUACUUCAACAAGUUCCAGAGCCAGGUGGUGAUCAAGUUCGACCUGCGCACCUCGGCCAUCGGCAGGUCCCGGCAGCUGGAGCACGCCGGCUUCAACAACGCCUACCACUACGCCUGGGGGGGCCACUCCGACAUCGACCUGAUGGCGGACGAGGGGGGCCUGUGGGCCGUCUACGCCACCAACCAGAACGCCGGCAACAUGGUGCUGAGCAAGCUGAACCCCGACACGCUGCAGAUCAUCCGGAGCUGGAGCACCAACCACCCCAAGAGGAGCGCCGGCGAGUCCUUCAUGAUCUGCGGCACCCUCUACGUCACCAACGGCUACUCGGGGGGCACCAAGGUCUACUACGCCUACUCCACCAACUCCUCCACCUACGAGUACAUGGACAUCGCCUUCCACAACAAGUACUCGCACAUCUCCAUGCUGGACUACAACCCGCGGGACCGCGCCCUCUACGCCUGGAACAACGGCCACCAGGUGCUUUAUAACGUCACGCUCUUCCACGUCGUCCGCUCCCAAGAACUGUAGACUGACUGUGCACUUUGGUGGGCGGGGAUAACGGAAUAUAUCUGAUUGUUAAGAGUUUCCAAAAAAAAAAAAGGAGAAUUUUGUAUGUU